AUGCCUUGCUGCAACAUUGACGGCUCGAAUAAACUACCUCUGAUGUUCCUGGGUACGUCUCAGAAUCCACGUGACCUGCCCAAGGACAAGUCUGACCUUCCAGUAUAUUACAAAAGCUCGAAGAAGGCUUGGAUGAACCGAGAUUUGUUUAAACAGUGGUUCUUCGAACAGUUCAUUCCCUCGGUACAGAAUUUUGCACAGCAGAACGGACGAGAACCUAGAGCGUUGUUACUCCUAGAUAAUUGUUCGGCGCACCACGAUGGUGGCACCAUUCUCGAAAGCAAUGACGGGAAAAUAAAAGUGAUUUUCCUUCCACCAAAUGUCACCUCACUCGGUCAGCCAAUGGAUCAAGGAGUACUCCAUGCGGUGAAGAAACGGCACAAGAAAAAACUCAUGCUUCAUUUGCUUCUUGAUGACACCGACUGCAGUAUCUUUGAAGAAAGGCUUAAGAAAAUCAGUCUGCGCCAAGUUAUUGACUGGUUACAUCAAUCAUGGGAUGAAAUCUCACAUAAGACAAUUGAGGGUUCAUGGAAGAACCUUCUAGAUGAAUAUCCGCUCUUCGAUCUAGAAGAAGCUGAAAGUGGGUCAUUAGAUAAUGACGUAUUGGCUCUUGUGAAAGCUACAGCACAUUUCUACCAGGAGAAUCCCAGUAAUGAUGACAUAAAAGACUGGUUGAAUGACUCAGUAUGUGACAGCAAAGGGAACAAAAUCAUCGGUGAUUGUGAUGUGUACACUGACAACGAAAUUUUGGACAGCGUUCUACAUGAGAACAAAGCGGAACCCGAUGAGGAGUGA